GCCCACGUGAUGGUUAUGGUUAUACACGUUUUCUGCGAAUCCAUAUCAAAACUGCCAAGUAAUUGUCUGGCGAAAAAAAAAAACGUAGGCGGAACACACCCUGUAGGCACGAACCAGCUACGUACGUGCGAUUGCGAUUACUUGUUUUAUUUUAUUUCGCCAUGACUGGCGAUUUCAAUACAGGCUAGUUAAACCUAUCUACAGCAGAGAGAGAUGGGUGCUACCAACAGGCGAAGAUUCCGUGCCGUGUCCCCGGUGGUUUUGGUGUGGCUGGCCGCGAUGGUCGGGCUGGGCCUGCCCAUAUCCUGCCCUGACAAGUGUACGUGUGAGACAGAGGCGGCGGACUGUAGCGGUAAGAGCCUCACCAGCAUCCCUGAAGGCUUCGCUGCUUCGACCCAGAACGUGGACCUUUCCCGUAACAAGAUACGCCGCAUCAGGAAGGACGAGUUCCGCGGAAUGGGCCACGUUCUGUCGAUGUCGCUGUCAAAACAGGCACGUCUGCUCUCUCUGCUUAACGGCGCUUUCCAGGGACUCUCCAAGCUACAGAUACUGAAUCUGUCUGCAAACCAGCUGAACUACAUGUCGCCUGGUGUGUUUGACGGCUUGGGGAACCUGCAAACGCUGUACCUGAAUGACAACAGUCUGAGUAACCUGAAGCCUGGUCUGUUCGUCCCGCUCAAGAAGCUACAGGAAAUAUCUCUGGAGAACAACCACCUGUCCACCCUGACUGAAAACGUGUUCGCCAAACCGCUCGGAACCCGACUGCUCAUGUUUCUGAAAGGCAACGAAUGGGUGUGCGACUGCGCCACCAAGUGGCUGCUGUCGCACACUGCAGCCAAAGGCCUGUCCCAGACCGCCUACUGCGUGGCGCCAGAGGCCUUCCGCGGCAAGGAGAUGAACAACGAACUGCACGGCAUCAUCAAAUGCGACGAUAAAGGUCAGCUGGUGGAGGAAGGCGGGUUCCACCUGUACGACAUGCGGCUGGUGCUGGUGACUGCAGGCGGGGCCGGGAUCAGCUUGCUGGGCCUGGGGCUGUUCUGGAUUCGCCUGCGCAGAAGGAAGAAGUCGAUGACGGACAUGGGCCUGCUGCCUCCCGAGGCCUCCUGCUGGGACGUGCUGCCGUUCGUGUGCUGCGGACCCAACCUCCCUGCGGACGUGCAGCAGCAGCUGUCAUCUACUCUCCGCAACGGGGUUCCGUGCGACAGAAACGACUACGCCAUGAAUCCCGGGGAACAGCAGUCCAAGUUGGACUCCGUCAACUGCCUCAGAGCCAAGAGCCUGGGUCUGGCCGACAGUUUCAUCGAGCAGCUGACAGGCGUGUUCCUGGACGAGCGUCUCCUGAACCUGCACAAUCAGCCACUGGGGGAGGGCAGCUUCGGACGGGUCCUGAAGGGGGAACUCAACCUGCCGGGGAACGACAAGAUCCCCAUCGCUAUCAAGACCAGCAAGGAUUUCCGCACCACGCCCGACCUGGAGAAGUUCCUGAGCGAGGGUCUGGUCAUGCGCCACUUCAAACACCCCAACAUCAUGAACCUGCUGGGCGUGUGCAUGCGCGAUGACGCCUCGCCGCUCGUCGUGCUCCCGCUCAUGGACAAGGGCGACCUGCUCUCCGUGCUGGUCAAGUCAAGGAAGAAGGGCGAGGACGGCAAAGUCAAGGCGGAGAGUGAGUUCAAGCUGGACGAGCUGCUGUUCUUCGCCUAUCAGGUCGCCUGUGGCAUGGAGUAUCUGACCGCGCUGCAGUUCGUGCACAGGGACCUGGCCGCCAGGAACUGCAUGGUGAACAGCCAGAGGAACGUGAAGGUGGCUGACUUCGGCUUCCUGAUCGAGAUUCCCCCCGAGAAGGACUCGGUGACGGAGCGCGGGAUGGGCCGCGUGCCCAUCAAGUGGAUGUCCGUGGAGAGCAUCGUCAGCGGCACCUUCUCCAUGAAGUCUGACGUGUGGAGUUUUGGGGUGGUCCUGUGGGAGAUCAUCACGGCAGGAGCUCCGCCGUACGGAAGGUUAAGCAACAAGGACACCAUGGUGCAGGUGAAGAACGGCUACCGGCUGCCCAAACCUCAGCACUGCCCCAGCGAACUAUAUGACAUCAUGCGGAGCUGCUGGCUGAAGAACCCGUCCGGGAGGACGGACUUCGAGAGCCUGGUGAAGCGGCUGGAGGCGAUGCACAACAAGUUCGCCCCCAAGGACGGCGGCCCCCGUCCCAACCUCCCAACCAACGGCGGUGGCCCUCCCCCGCUUCCCCCUCCCAAUGGCGGCGGCCCUCCUCCACUCCCUCCUCCCAACGCAAACAACAGCGGCCGUCCUCCGCUGCCGCCACCUAACGCAAAGGAAGUAGUCAAGCGCUGA